AUGAAGAAGCUAACAAAAGACACAUCGUGGAUUGUGGCUGCACUGAAGGAAUCUACUUUUCUUGUUGUCAGCUCUAAUGGGAAAAUGGUGAAGCGACUUCAUCCUCUUCCAUAUGCUGAAAUCAAGGAUCCAAUGGUAUGCAUUGUACUAGUGGAGUAUCUACCCGAGGAUCAUUCAUUGGACAACCUCAAUCGACUGUUUGGUGAAGCUGGAAUCAUAAAGAAUAUUACCAUUCGUGACCCACAUGAUGUAAUUGAUCCAAAAAAGUGUACCAUUGCGGAGAAACUGAUCAGCAAAAAGUUGCAUGCUCUUGUGGAGUACAAUACUAUGGAGGCUGCUGAGAAAGCUGUGAUCACUUUGAACAAUGAAAAAGAUUGGAGAUAUGGAUUGCGAGUCAAGCUUCUGAAAAACCGAACAAUCCGGGGCAGAAGAAAAAAGUAUGGAGGGAGUUAG